UGAUCUUAGCAGGUUUUCAGAUUUCCCCACACCCUGUUAUUUACUUCUUUAUUUAUUUAUUUGCUUCUAUUUUUGUCUUAUCUGCGUUCUGGAGCAUUCUUCACUGGACUCGAACCCUGUGAUUGUGGUCAACUCCUCUCUGUGUCUUAAGUCUGCUGACAUACAUGAUGAGCUAACGGGACAAACAGCCGGAAAGCCGUCCAUAUGGAGGUAACGGUCAGCUGGUAUAAGCGUGAAUAGGAACAGCGCCACACCGCCCCAAAGCGUUCACCUAAAAAUCAAAGUGCAGCCAUACACACCCCUGACUACAUCAUUCACCAUCUCCAGAAACGUAUACAGGACUACGCUUUCAGAACCAGCCUGUGCUGCAUUUAGCAGUCCAAACAGACUUACAGAUGAGGAGGCAUCGAGUAAAUCAACAAGAAGAGGAACACACACACACACACACACAGAGCUGAUUACACAGAGGAGCGGUGUGUGCUCUGAUGAUCAGUGCUGGAGGAUUUCAGCGUUUAAUAAAGUGCUUCUACAGGUGGUUUGAUAAGCCCACUCACCUGUGUGAGGAACACUCAGAGUUUGUAUUUCUCAGGUGAUCUUGGAAAAGGGUUUAUCUGUGUUAUGGAGGACAGCAGUGUGUGUGGGAAUGAGCAGAUCCGUUCACCAGUGAGGAUCAGGGAAUGAGAAGCGUCUGGAAACUGACUUGCAGCCUCUCUGAGAUGAAACCACAAGGUGGCGCUCACACCCCGACCAGAGGCUCCUGGAGGGAUGCAGACCUUCAGCAUCAGGUGGAGGAGGAGCGGCGCGGCGUCACAUAUAAGAGGAGACGCUGCUCACACUGAGGACAACCAGGAGAACACACACACCUGCUGCAGAGACUACACACACACAGGCUGAUUGUAGAAAUGUCCAGCUCCAGCACUCCGGCACGUCCAGCUCCCAGCGCUGCGACCGCAUCUCCAUCCCCAUCUGCACCUGCACCUGCAGCAGUAUCAGCAGCAUCCAUAUCUCCAUCUGCAUCCGCAUCAGACUCGGUGCUGGCGGUGCGCUCUGUGGAUCUGCUGAGGCUCCGGGAUGGCCUGAACCGGCGGCAGCAUCACACUGACGGCUUCUCCAGCGAGCGGCUGAUCGUGCGCAGAGGACAGAGCUUCCAGAUCACGGUGGAGCUUUCUAGAGCCUUCAAGCCCAGAGCAGACUCUCUACAGCUGCAGCUCAAACUGGACUCGGCGGUCUCCAACAGCUCCGGGCUCCUGAUCUCGGUGCCGCUGGUGGAGGAUCUGGAGGACCGGCGCUGGGAGAUGAAGAUCGUGGAGCAGAAGGAGAACCGCGUCCGUCUGGUGGUCAACACCCUGCCCAGCGCCUCCAUCGGCUGCUAUAAGCUGACCGUGGUGUCGUUCUCGGCGCGGGGAAAGCUGCUGUUCCCCUGCACACCUGAUGACGUAUACCUGCUGUUCAACCCCUGGUGUGAAGAUGAUCCCGUCUAUCUGGAUAAUGAGGCGGAGAGGAAGGAGUACGUGCUGAACACCAUGGGGAGGAUCUACUACGGGACCGAGCAGCAGAUUGGAACCAGGACGUGGAAUUUUGCUCAGUUUGAGCAGAAUAUCCUGGAGGCCUGUCUGUUUCUGCUGGAGCGAGGGCGAGUGGCUGUGACCGAGUGGAGGGAUCCCGUGAUCAUCUCCAGAAUGGUGUCAGCUCUGGUGAACUCGAAUGAUGACCGCGGUGUGCUGAUGGGAAACUGGUCAGAGAGUUUUGAAGGAGGAACGGCCCCUACAGCGUGGAGCGGCAGCGGGGACAUCCUCAGACAAUACUACAGCAGCAAGGGGGCGCCGGUGCGCUUUGCUCAGUGCUGGGUCUAUGCUGGAGUCACCUGCACAGUGUUGAGGUGUCUGGGUAUCCCCACCCGCUGUGUGACGAACUUCUCCUCGGCUCAUGACACUGAUCUCUCUCUGACCACCGACAUCUACCUGGACGAGAAGCUGGAGAUGCUGAAGGACAAGACCAGCGACUCCGUCUGGAACUUCCACGUGUGGAACGAGUCGUGGAUGCGGCGUGAGGAUCUGCCGGCCGGCUAUGGAGGAUGGCAGGUUGUGGACGCGACACCACAGGAGCAGAGCCAGGGCUCGUACCGAUGCGGACCCACACCAGUGUCUGCAGUGCGCAGCGGACAGGUCAACCUGAGGUUCGACACACCCUUCGUCUUCGCUGAGGUGAACAGUGAUAAGAUCUACUGGCAGAGGAACGCAGACGGCAGCUUCCGUCAGGUCAGUGUGGAGAAGAACAGCAUCGGCCAGAGGAUCAGCACUAAAGCUGUGGGCUCCGACACACGAGUGGACAUCACACACCUGUACAAGUACCCAGAGGGCUCAGAGGAGGAGCGCAUCGCUGUAGAGUCCGCCAGCAGAUUCGGCUCCAGACCCACGCUGUACCCGUCCCCCAGCGGGACCGAUGUGAGCCUGGAGGUGCAGAUGUCUGGAGCCGGACCCCGGAUAGGGGAGGACGUCCAGCUGUCCAUCGUGCUGAAGAACAGCAGCUCCGCGCAGCGCUCCGCUAGUCUGCUGUACGAGGCGCUGGUCAUGUACUACACCGGCGUAUUGAAACAGAGCCUGAAGAAGGACAGGAUCACCCUGGAGCUGCAGCCCAGAGAGACUAAGACUAUCCCCUGGACUCUGCAGUAUAAGGAGUACAAGGAGCAGCUGGUGGACCAGGGCGCUCUGAUGCUCACGCUCACCGGACGGGUCAGCCAGACCAAGCAGGUUCUGGCCACUCAGUUCAACUUCCGGCUGCGCACACCAGACCUGGUGCUCACUCCUCUCCAGGACGCAGUGGUGGGUAAAGAGAUGAGCGUCAGGAUCUCCUUCCAGAAUCCACUGUCACAGGUCUUGAAGAACGUCUUGUUCCGCAUCGAGGGUCUGGGAAUGCAGAGCGUCAGGAAGAUCAGCUACGGUGAUGUGGCGCGGCUGGGCACAGUGUCUCUGACAGAGAAGUUUACUCCCACAGUCUCGGGCUCUCAGAAGCUCCUGGCCUCCAUGGACUGCCGUCAGCUCACUCAGGUUCACGGUGUGGCUGAUAUCACGGUCAAAGCAAAGUGAAGCAGCGGUUUACUGUAGAGCCUCUGCUGUCGCAUUACACUGACAGAGCAACACUAAUAACUCAGUAUUUACCCUCACAAUGGAUGAAAGUCAACAAUAAAGAGUUUAUUUACACACUG